AGAACAUCCCAAGCUAUUGCCUGAGGCCAGUGCUGUCACGCUGAUGCCAGGCUGGAGUCAGCGACGAAAAGUCAAAUUAUCUUUCUGUUACCACAUGAAUCACAUGCGUGUGCAUGAUGCACAUGAGAGGCGUGCGCUCUUCAAGCCAGCUAACGGUAAAAAAAUUUGAAUUUUAUUCGCUGGUGUCAACGACUGCUUUUCUCCAAUGGAAUUAAGUCACAUGGUGCUACCUGGGGAGUUAGAAUUUUUUUUCUUUUCUUUCCAUCUAUCCAAUGACUGCCAAUUUUUGUGUAAUAAAAAUUGAAAAAAAAUUGCAAAAAAAAAACCAAAAAUAUUUAGAAUUGUUUUUUUAAAAAUAUAAAUACCUAGCAAUGCUCUUAAUUUUCCACACCAAAACUUCAUGCAAAUUCCUCUAUUCAUAUCAUAUCUUUACUUUCUACUUUCUUAUUUCAUUUGUGUAAAAAUACAAAUAGCCUCUUCCGUCAAAGCCAUAACCUCGUGGACAACCAUGGAAGAUGUUUUGUUGUGUGAGGGUACAAGUUGGUCAUUGCUUGAUUAUGGGCAAUGAGAUGAAGGAUUCUCAUAUGUGGAGGAAAAAUCAUGGAGAAUUUUCCAGACGAUCGGGUUCUCCUCUUACGGAAAUGACAUUGGCUAGUAGGUGGAAAAUUUUGAAUAAAGAGUUAGAGAAAUGGAGAGAUAUGUUGACAAAAGCAAGGUACAACAUUCAAAGCGGCAAAAAUCUUGGCAACGAGAUUAUUCAAGCACAAAUGUGGUUUGGUGCCAUUGGCCAAGGCACAAAAUCUUUCAACAAUCACCAAUGUUGGGAGGUUGUGAAGAAUUGGCCGAGAUUCAAAAUUAUCACCAUAGGACCGAGCGUUGUGUUGAAUGAGAAGCCGCUCCACGAUUCAUGGGCAUCGAAAUUGCCGUUCGACUCCUCGAUCAUUCAAGACUCACCGAUUCAAAUGGAGUGGAAUCCUAUUAGGAGAAAGGUGGCAAGGCCAAGAAAUGGAGCACUUCGAACAAUGAAAAUGCAAAAUUCUUGGAGCAAAUUGGUCUUCAAGGCGCAAUGAGAAUGGAGAGAGACAUAAAAAAAAAAGAUGAGGUUGACAAAGCAGGAGAUGAGGCAUUUGCAAGAGAAAUGGAGUAUGCAUAUAAACAAGACAUAGACAAGAAAGAUCGGGAAAGCAUGACUAUGGUUACAAACCAUAUGUCCCCUAAAUCAAAGGCAUUUUGGAAAAAAGAACGAAGAGAUGUUAUGAGAAGAAGGCUUUUUGUGACGAUUGUCCCAGCACCACGGAUUGGUUAAAUAAGAAAAUCAUUAAGCUAUAUUAAUAGGGUUGCUUUUUCUUAAUUAGUUGUAUUAAUUGUCUUUUAUUCAAUAAAGAAAGC